AUUAGCUAAGCGAAAACUAGUCACAUUUCAAUGUUUUAAUAUUAUUUAAAGUUCGUCUUGUUUCUCUCCCUUUUAAGCCACACCCGCCAUGUAAUGUUUCUCGUGACGUCACGACAGUUGGCCCACCCCCGAGGAGACUGAUUGGCUGCUUUAAGAUGCUCCACUCUGUGUAUAUAAUCUACCGGAAUGAUUCUGGAUGUACCUGUUGCACUAAGGGUAUUGGGGAUGUUUUUUUUAUUUAUUUUAAGAGCUUGGUUUCAAAGAGAAAGUUUUAACAACUGAGGAAAAAGGUAAAAGCAAGGUAUCUCACAGUAGUUUCCCACCGGUCAUAGUUCUUGCAACUUUUUCAAGAACUUUAAGUAGUUUGGAGACCUUAUUUACUUCUGCAUUUGGUGGACUCGCUUCUGGGAUGUGUUGUAUGGAUAACAUAAACAGCAGCACCAGAUAACUGGAAGUUCAGGACAACUGGUUAUAUUCUAAGGCUGAACUCCUGACGUGUCAAAAUCUAUUAGUACCGGCUAUGUACAGCAUGCUGGAACAAGAACUUAAGGCACCGGGACCCCAGCUUGGGGCUGGAGGCACUUCUCCAGGGAGCCACCACCACAUUCAGCAGCAGCAGCAGUCUCAACAAACCAAAAUGUGUACUAACAACGUUACAGGUGUUAACGGAGGUGACCCCAUGGACAAAGUUAAGAGACCAAUGAAUGCCUUCAUGGUGUGGUCUCGGGGCCAGCGGCGCAAGAUGGCCCAGGAGAACCCCAAAAUGCAUAACUCUGAAAUCAGCAAACGAUUGGGUGCAGAAUGGAAACUUUUGGGGGAUGCCGAAAAGAGACCUUUCAUUGACGAGGCGAAGAGGUUACGAGCCCUGCAUAUGAAGGAAUAUCCAGACUAUAAGUAUCGACCCCGGCGCAAGAACAAGUCUGUGCUCAAGAAGGACCUGCAGCAGCAGAACGCCGGGAAGUACGCUUUGGCGCCAGGUUCUGCGGCACUGCUAGCGGCCGCAGCUGCUGCCCAAGGGCCUGGGGGUGGAAGCCCCAGGUUGGAAGCCUAUGGCUGGGGGCCAGCCCCCGGAGGGUACGCUGUCCAGCAGAGUGAGGCGGCAGCAGCAGCUGCGCUAGGUUACCAACAGGCAGCACUCCACCGCUAUGAUCUGUCAGCCCUACAGUAUCCCCCAGGGCUGGGGCCCGCUGCCCCUUCUGCCCAGCCCUAUCUGAAUGGGGGCCACAAUACCAGCGCAUACAGUAUGUCGUACAGCGGAGCACCACAACAAGGGGGUACUGUGAUGUCUAUGGUAAAAGCAGAGCCAGUUUCUCCUAAUCCUCAAUGUGGCCCAACACAUCACCGAACUGGGCUCCAGGGAGACCUGCGAGACAUGAUCGGCAUGUACAGCCUACCUGGCACAGAUUCAUCAGACGCCCCUGGCCCGAGAAGCUACCAUGCAGCAGCACAACAGCACUACCAGAACCUGACACUGAAUGGGACUAUGCCUUUGACUCACAUCUAAUGAUUUUGUCCAUCAAAUCUCUGAACUUAGAGAACACUUUUUUUGUACAGAAUGAAUGAAGGAGGUCUUAUUCUGGUUGUACAUAUGUUAAAUUUGGGGGAAAUUCCUAUAGUCCCGAGUUUCAAGGGAAUGGUUUCCUGUUAAGAACCCAGAAGUGGCUGCUGUAUAAUGUGAACUGCACAUGGUACAAUGACUGGGAUGGGCAUGGGGGGGGUGCUAAACCGAUCACCUCGAUAAUUGAUUCUCCUGUUAUUAAAACUGAUUAGUCUCAUGUUGCAGGAUUUGUGUCACAGGAGUAAUAAUGAAAUGGGAGUGGUAACACCCCCCAAAAAAGUUCCUUUAGCCAUGUUCUACUUCAACACAAACUGUGAACAAUUUUACGUUGUAGGUAAUGCUCAUUUUAGAUUUAAGUCCAUUGGUUGGCUACUUAGUAAGUGGCAGAAUGAAAUGUUACCACUUCAUUUUGAUGGGUGGGGUAUGUACUUAAGUGACAAACUGCAUGCCUCACGUGGUUAUGGUGUACAAAACUUGCAACUUGUACCAAAGCAGUCUUAUUCCACUACCCGUACCAGAAAUGUGUUUGUCUUCGUUCUUCAUGUUCAUUUUGUCCUUGCCUGCUGUAAGGCAGAGAUUAUCAUUGCUGCUGUCAUGGCAGAUGGGAAUUGCAGCUCACGUGUAAGCCUAAAUAUGUGAGGCAUGUAAACACUAUCUUGGGGACUUCUUGAAAUAGUAAUUCCUUUGAUGGUUCUGUUCAGGAAAAAUGCUUUUAAUGCAUGUCAGUUUUGUAAUGGUCAUUUUACAUGUCCUUAUGUAACAAGGGAGAAGACCCAAUAUAUGUAGCUUUGUCUAAACAAAAAAAAAACAACUUUUUUUUAAGUCAGAUUCCACCUGGUUUUAAAUAAAGCUGCCCCCCCCCCACUUUUAAUAUACCGUACGUGGCUACUCACUGUAUGAGCAUACAGUUAGGUUAAACAUUUGCUGUUUUCCCAGAACAGACUCACCUUGGGAAUUUGCAUCCUAGUUUACUAGUAAGACUGUCUUCUAACUUGUAAAUUCAUGAAAGGAUACCAUAUUUCAAACACGUGCUAUAACAUUACAUUUAAUACAGAACAAAGCAAGCCUUCUAUUUUAUAA